AAGAAUCGGCUUGCCUUAGUCCUCUCCAUAGCAGCCAUGGCCGAGGAGCCAAGUGGACUGAGUCGUUGUGUUGUGAACAAAUUAAUUAAAGAAAUACGAGAUCAGGAGUAUGAUGAGAAGGCAAACAAGGUGACAAUUAAGGUGGUGAUCGAGCUGCUCGCCGGAGAAGAUCAGGGACAAGUUAUGCUGCAAGGGUUGUGGAUGCAUCAAGAGCAUUGAGAUCGUAAAGCCAAAGCCGCCUGAGAAGCCUAAGCCUCCGCCGUCUCCGCGUAAACUACAUGUAGAUCUGCAACUCUGGGGGUUUUGUUGUUGUAAAUGCUACAGCGGAAGGCUUGGUGGUCCAUACGAUCCGUGUUAUGGGAGACCCAUUUACGACAGCUGGUGCGGGUAUGGAAGCGGCAGUGGAGAAACUCAACCAGGCUGCUCAAUCAUGUAAAUACUAAUAAUAAGAUUGUGUUUGG